AUGGUCGACGCCACGACAUCGCCCGAAGAGGCAGAGACCUCUCGCGAUGGCCUCCGUCGGAUGCAGCGCCUGACCGAAGCGUCGCGCCGCAAAGUCUCCGGCAGGAGCCUUGCAGCUUUCCACCCGGGCUCGUCGUAUCUGAUCUACCCGCCCUCUGGGCGGAUGGGACGGCACCACGUUAUGACUUCCGUGUUUACCGAGUCUGCGCCGCGGUCGAUCGCGCUCCCGCCCAUCUUCAGCAAAUCGGAGAUGAUGAGCGUGUCGCCUGACGGGGCGUGGCUCACGUCCUUCUUCAACAAUGGGCCGAGCGAGAACCUUGGCGUGCCGCGGAUCGAGGAGCGGGGAGACUUCAUGGUUUUUGCAUCGAGCCUGCUCGAGCCCUCGUCGCUGCAGGGCGGAUGGCCGACGCUGGCCACUAUGCCCCUGUCGUCUCCCCCGCUUGCUGUCCUACACGUCUACCCGCCGCGCACGAAGCUGAGCCCGAGUGGGCAGAAGGCCGCCCCGGGUCUCGGACCCGUCCCGCCCCCGGGACACUUCACGGCGCGCUCCCGGGGACCCAGCAUAGUCCUCCUCUCGACCGACCUCAUCUACUUCCUGCACCCACACCCGCUGCCCGCGACCGUUGUGCUCGACACGCGAAGCUCGCACGCCGUACCGACCGAGAGCGUCUCGGCCGCUGAGAGCGGGAACGCGGCCCCACUUUCCUGGACGCUGAAUGCCCUGCGGUGUCCGCUCGGGAUUCGAAGCUACGCGAGUCUGAACAACCCAGGACCUGUGACGAGUUCGGGGACGUACCGAGCUGAGCGCGGGUGGCUUGGCAUGGUCGGCGGCAGCGACGCGGUGUGGGCGGCCGUCGAGCGCGACGGCGAGAUCAAUGUGACGCGCAUCGACAUUGGUCUCGACAGCAACAACAUGCCGUACCUGGCCACGACGCCUUUGCCGGCACUCCCGCACGCGCAGCCCAAGCCGUUCGAGGGCGCGACCUCGCCGCCCCACGCCAGCCUCGAGGAGGUUGCCUUUGUACCCCUCCCCGACGGAGACGGGAGCGAGGGCGUCGGCCUGAGCAUGAUCUACCGCGACGUGGACAUGACGUUUGGCCCGCCGCCCCGCGUCCGCAUGCGGUUCGAGUACGUCGAGCUGCGCAAGCGCUCCGUAGCCGUCGUGGACGGGUUCAAGGAGCUCGGAUCGGGCGACGACGCCGCGGCGUCGCAGGACUGGGCGCCCUCCGUCGAGUCGAAAACCACCACCGUGUCGCCGGAAGGCACGUCGAUCCUGGCCAUGACGGUGCUGCCCGACGUGCCGCCGCAUACGCUGGCCAUGGGCCUCGUGUCGAACAACGAAGGCCUGUUCUUGUCCCACAUCAACCUGGCCCCUCAUUCUGAGAACGACACGAGCGCAGGCGGCGCGCCGCGGUGGAAGGCGCUCGUGGGCGAGCAGUUCGCCCUCGACCCGAGUGUGGGCAACAUCGACCUGGCCCUGAUUCCGAGCCAGGGCGUGACGCGCGGCGAGAUGGGCCUGGUAGCUGUCGGAGGAGGCGGCUCUCGGCCGCGUCUCAUCCCUUCGCCCCGUCUCGGCGCGCCGGCGCACCCCGAGGAAUCUCUGAACCACAUCGCCGAGCGGUGUGCGCGUUCCAUCGAACUCGCCGUCGUGCAAGGCGUAGAUUGGAGCGACGCGGUGCGCGCCGCGUUCGCGCUGGUUCCUCGGUCGGAAGCGGGCCCCCUCUCCGCCGCAAUCCUGAAGCAGGCGCUGAACCUCUUCACGAAGCACUCGCGGAGCUACGUCCCGCACCUCCUCCGCAUCCAAGUCGCAGUGUGGGCGCAAGCCGACGACGGGCGGCGCGCCUAUGCAGCCGAGCUGAUCCGGCUCGGCGAGGCGUCUCAGAUCUUCUUCCUGUGCGGCAACGAGGAAGGAGGCGUGAUCAGCUUCGACCUCGACAGUGUCUGGCACCUCGUUGACGUGUUCGAGUGGAGUGUGGCCCUGCUCGGACAGGUGUUCCGGGACGCUGUGGCCGAGAAGGCGUCUGUGGAGUGGAACGGCGCCGACGCCGAGGCCUCGGGUACGAGUCGCGUGCUGUACCUCGUGCACCCGCUUUUGCGGCGGAUCGUAGCCCGGCUCGUCGCGCUGUGUGCGGCCUUCGCCAAGUUUGUCGCGCAGCUCGACCGCCCCAUUCGGCCCCCAGAGAGCGCAAUGAUGCUCACACGGUGUCCGCAGGCGACUGCCGUUGCGCAGACGCGCGUAUCAGACGCGACUGCGACGGAGGGUGUGGACCUGAACGCCUGGGGCGAGGUGCUGGGCAGUCUGUCCAAACUCGCCCGUCCAGGCGACGCAGAGGUAUGCGCCUCCCUCCUCGGGCUGGACAUUGCGCCGCUCGCGCCGCAGCUCGGCCCCGUCCUCGCCGCUCUCCCUGCGCCCUCGGCGCUCUUCGAGGCUCCCGCCGUGCAGCCUGAACGCGACGGCGCUAGUUUCGCCCAGGUCGGCGAGAUGCCCACUGCCGUUUGCGAUCGUGGAUAUCUCUGGGGUAUGGCUAAUCUACAAGGUGUGGAAGUUCAGGUCUAUGCGUAA